AUGCGUUGUGUGUGUAUCGGAAAUCGACGACUGUUUUUCACGGUGAACCCUUGGGCAAACUUUGUCCGAUACUACGAGAAGAGCGACUCCGACCCCGUCAACCUCAUCACCCUCGCAAUUUUUCAGAUUGUGAUUUCGUGCGGAGAAGUUAUGCCCGGAGCGCCGGCUGCUCCACUAGCCAAUCCGGAGUAUUGUGCAGUGUUUGAGCAGAUUGCCCACAUUCCAAGAAUUUCCUUCGAUCUACACUACGGUUUCAACAAUUGCUGGGUGCCGGCCUUGGAAGUGGCCACACUAAUCCUCGAAGCCGCUUUAGUUACGUAUCGUCCCAUCGGAGGUACAGCGCGAAUGAUGUCAAUUCGGAUCGAUUCCCGGUAUGGACAUGAUCAACAGCCCGCUGAAUACAGUCUCACCGAUGCACUGCGAAAUCUGCUCGAAAACAGCGUCAGCACCGCGGACGAGAUCUCGAUAAACCGCGAAACGCUAAUUCGAUGUCGGUCGGACUGGCCUACCGCCGACACAGUUGUAAUUGUUCUCGCGCAGAAUUUCGAGCCGGGCAACUUAGAGCUACGACGUGAGAAGAUUCGACUGGCCAAUUACAAGUGCUUGGAGAAAUGGCCAAAACACCAACAAACCGAUAUUUCACGCCAA